UUCGUUUUGAAGUUCCUCGUGACACUGCAAAGUCGGAUUCUCCAGGUAGAAAAAAGACAAUAUCAUAAUCUUACCAAUUGUACAGCGAAAUGGCAACUGCUCAGGCUCAAGAAUUCAGCUGGCAGUGUGAUAAAUCAUUGGUCGAGUGUCUGAAUCAUCUAUUCACUUCCGGUAUAGCAUGUGACGUCAUGUUCCUGGUUGGAGAGAACAAAUAUAGGAUUCCCGCGCAUAAAACUAUUCUCAUUAGCAGAAGUCCUGUAUUUUACGCCAUGUUUGAGGGAAAUCUCGCCGAAGAGGGCGAAGUGUCAAUUCCGGAUAUUGAACAAGAGGUGUUCACAAUGUUUUUGAGGUAUCUGUAUACAGACACAAUAGAACUGACCGUCAACAACGCAACCUCUACCCUUUCAGCUGCGAGGAAAUACAUGGUGGAUCGUCUUGUCAAAAAGUGUGAAACCUUCCUGAAGAGUUCUCUUACCGCCGAAAAUGUAUGCCUACUACUGGAACAGGCCCAUAUUUAUACGGAGGAAAGCAUUAAGGAGGACUGUGUUAAUAUGAUCGCAAGAUCAACAGGAGAAGUGCUGAAAUCUACCAGUUUCGUCGCCCUGGGUUGCGACUUUUUGAAGAGUAUCACAGAGUCGGACGACCUGGAGGUGGAGGAGAGCGCCGUGUACGAGGCGGUGAUUCGGUGGUCUGAGGCGGAGUGUGGACGUCAGGGUCUGGAGUUAACGGAUACAAACAGACGGAAUGUACUGGGAGACAUCCUGUAUACUGUCAGGUUCCCUAUCAUGGACACGAAGUAUUUGUUACAGCAUGUCAUUACGGGAGAUGUCCUGACGUCAGAACAGGCACAGAGCGUCCUGAGAUUUCAGCAGGACAGCAAAGCAUAUCCCUGCACAGAAUUUACCGUGAACCAACGAGCACUUAGAAAACCAGUAACAAUUGUAAAAGAAUGCAUAAGCAGAUUUAAGGGUACGACGCGCAAUAAACGGAGUGAAUGGCUUGUUGCUGAUAGCGAAUCGAUAUCGUUUGUCUCCACCGUUGACAUUUCGCUGCAUGGACUGCAGCUUUACGGUUCGAAAACGGGAGAACUUAAUAUUCUUAUAGGAGUCUACAAUCAGGCUGGUGACACUCUAUACGAGGAAACACACAUGUUGCCAAAUAAGGAAGAGGUUACUAUAGAAUUCAAGCACAUCAUCAAAAUAACACCAGGUCAAACCUAUACUGUCGUCAUACACGGCGGGGUGCACACCAAGGUGUACGGAACGGAGGGAUGUAGCACUGUGAAAUGCCGUGAUGGAGAAAUCCGAUUCAUUUCAAGUACGUCUUAUCCUAGUAGACAUACAUCUGUCAAUGAAGGUCAAUUUCCUGGACUGUUGGUAACAUUCGAAUCGGCAUCAAACCCGAAAAAACAUGACACUUUUAGUAGGUCUGAUUUACCAAAUUUUGACUGGUUGCGGUCAUAAGGUAUGCUGCAAAAAGGACAACCGGAUGGAUUGAUGUUACGCACAUCAUUGUAAUACAUUAUGCUACCUUUGUCGGCCGUAUAAAAAGCAAUGAUAAAAAGAGAGUUAUCUAGUCAUAGUUUUCAAAGACUGACGUGUUGAAUACUUCCACAGUAAUUCAGUUUCUAACUCAUAUAGUUGAAGCAUGAUUGUUAAUGUAUAUAUGAACACUAAAUACCUGUUUUUCACAUUUAUUUUGUUCAUAGUUGUUAUAAUAUUCAUAAAAGUGAGUUGCUAUAAUUACGCCAUUAUGGUUUAUGUUUCAUUCUCUCGUGGUGCCGUAUUAACGGACCUCCACUCUAACUACCACAAGUUUACCUGUGCCCUCACCGUUCAUAGGAAAUGUCCUGUAUCUGUUAAAGGGAGAAAACCCAUGAGUUUGUCCAUUUAUGUUGCAUGUCAUAAUUUAUUUAGCUGCCAGUGCUUAUACCGGAAAUUGCUUAAUGAAUAUUGAGUUAUCUUACCGAUGAAAAUAUAUGCUUCUUCCGGAACAAGCCCAUAUGUAUAUGGAGGAAAGCCUUAAGGAGGGCUUAUACAUAUGAUCGCAAGAUGACCAGAAGAAGUGCUGAAGUCUACCAGUUUCGUUGACCUGUGUGGCGUCUGUGUGAAGAGUAUCACAGAGACGGACGCCCUGGCCGUUGAGGAGAGCGUGGUGUACGAGUUUGUGAUGCGUUGGUCAGAGGCGGAGUGUGGACGUCAAGGUCUGGAGGUAACGGAUACAAACAGACGGGAGGUACUGGGGGAUACAUAGACGCCAAGUAUGUAUCAGCGCAUAUCAUUAUAAGAGAUGUCCUGACGGUAGAACAGUUAUUAAGCGUUCAGAGAUUUCAGCGGGACAACAAGGCAUUUUCCUGUACAGAAUUCAGCGUGAACCAACGAAACAUUAGAUAACCGGUAAAAGGAAUAUUCGAAUGCAUAAACUGAUUUACGGGCACGGUGGACAGUUCAUGGAAUACAUCGAGAGUUAAUGAUAGUGAUCCCAAAUCUUUUUUCUAUACAGUUGACAUGUUUCUGCAUGGACUGCCGCUUUAUGGGUCGUAUAAAAAAAUCCGAAUGUUCUAAUAGGAAGUCUAUCAGGAUGGUGACACUCUAUAUAAGGAAACUCACAUGUUGUUGGCAAAUGAGACACUGUGUAAUACAGAAUUCCAGCACAUCAUCAAAAUAACACGAGAUCAUACCCAUACUGUCGUUUUACACGGAGGAGUACACACCAUACGGUACGGAGAGCAGGGAUGUAGCACGGUAAAAUGCCGUGAUGAACAAAUACGAUAUAUACACAACCGUCGAUACGGGUCAAAUUCCAGGACUGUUGGUAUUUUUCUGAGUUUUUCUUCUUUCUACGACAGCCGAGUAAAUUUAACCGCCCAAGUACAACAACAGACGCAGGAUGGAUGUAAAUUGCUAUAAAUAGCAUUGACAAAUCGACAUUAAAGCUGAAAAAAUAUGUAUCCAUGACAUUGUUAGUAUCCUUCACCAUUCGUAAUAAGAAUUGGAGGGCGAUAACCAAUGACAAUGUCCGUAACACAUCAAAUGCCAAAGGAAUAAGUUGAAAAUUGAGGAGCAUGUUAUUCUCUCAUACUUCAACUCCAUAUAUGCUUGUUGAUUGAAAACGGGCCAUAUAAUUGUCAUAAAAUUCACCGCAUGUAGUACAUGAUAGAAAUACUAUUAAAACAAGUGUUGAUACAC